GUUCAAUGGUAUUCUUUAAUGCGGGAUGACUAGGAUGUUUGAUCAGUGCGAUGAACGGAUGUUUUUCAUCCUUGGAUGCAUUGCUUCGUCUUCGAGAGUCGCCGCGUUUAAGUCGUGGAUAUCUCCAUGCGUGCGCUCCAUGGACUUUUUUUUCAUGACUUCCCACUAGUACUUUGAGUUGCGGAAGGCCUACUCCUUUCAAAAGAUCAAGAUUCACAUCAUCAUGGCAGUCUAUAACUACGAACGUGAACGACAAGUUGCCGAGCGUGCAGUUCUGUGGGCCUCUAUCCUCACAAAGCAAGUUCAAUCCAGCGUCAGACACACCUUCAAAAGCGACAGUUCGGUAGUCACAAUCGCCGAUUUUGCUGUCCAAGCUAUGAUCAUAGCAAUGCUACGGGAUGCUUUUCCAGGCGACAGGUUCCUGGGCGAGGAAGAUUCCGGCCCUCUUAGAGCCAACGAAGGAUUGUGUCAGGCGGUUUGGGGCCUUUUAAAAGUCGCGAGCAAGGACGGGAUUCUGCCAAACAGUCAAUCGAAUGGACCAACAUCGAUAGAAGAGAUGCUGGAGUUGAUCGACCUUGGAGGACAAGAAGAAGGCGGCAGUGACGGCCGUAUCUGGGUUAUGGAUCCGAUUGAUGGUACAGCUACAUUCCUCAAGGGUCAGCAAUACGCCGUGUCGCUGACGCUCCUUGAUCACGGCGAGGAAGCAGUUGGCGUUCUAGGAUGCCCCAAUAUCAGCAGCGACAUGACACAGAUCUCGGAAGAGAACAUCAACGACGACGACUUUGGUGUAAUGUUGACGGCAGUUCGAAAUCAAGGUGCGACAAUGCAGACCAUGUCACCCACAGGCCUCGAGAACUUGUGUCUAUUGAAGCCCAUCGCCAGCAACAAGCCCAGCAAGGUCCGCAUCGUCGAUUGCGCUGACUGCAAAGUUACCCGGCACGAUGCCACUCGGAGGCUGGCGAACAACUACAACACCCGCUUCCCACAUACCGAAUUGUGGUCAGCUCACAUGCGCUACGCUGCGUUGAUUCUUGGCAUGGCCAACGUUUUGUUCUGGGUUCCUGCUGAAGCGGAAUCAAAAGUGCACAUUUGGGAUCAUGCUGGGUCGCAACUCAUCUUCAGAGAGGUCGGGGGGAAGAUAACAGACUUGGACGGGAAGCCUGUCGAUCUUGGGGCGGGGAGAGACCUCAAUCGAAAUAGAGGACUGGUUGCUGCAAGGGCGGAUAUUCAUCAGGAUCUCUUCCUGGCUAUGCGCAAUGCUCUGGCACAUUGUGACCGCAAUGACUCGGAUUAACGGUUUUUGU